AGGAUGCCUGCCAUAGAUGUGGGCGAAACGUCAGGAGAGAAUACUUCUGGAACAUGGCCAUACAGCCCGGAAAACAUACAACAACCCUGUAAUCCCGGCCAUGAAAGCCUUCGACAACACAUUACACAGUUAAUGUUAUGUUUAUUGUUAAGGUUUAUUGUGUUUUAGCGUAUUGUUUAUUGCUUGUUGUUUAUACUGUUUUAAUUGUUUUUAAUUUCCCUUUUGUUUUGUAUUGUUAUAUUGUGUGUUGAGGCCUUGGCCUUUGUAAGCCGCAUCGAGUCCUUCGGGAGAUUCUAGCGGGGUACAAAUAAAGUUUAAUAAUAAUAAUAAUAAUAAUAAUAAUAAUAAUAAUAAUGUAGUAAUUACUGUAUUUAGGAAUUUAGCACCAAAACAUUGCAAUGUAUUGAAAACAUUGACGACAAAAACAUUGACUACUGAAAGGAAGACUGCGUUGGAUAAUCUAGAAUGCUGGAUAAGCGAAUGUUGGAUAAGUGAGACUCUACUGUAAUCCCAUAUUAUAUAUCAAUACCCCAAACUGAAAACCAUGAGAAAUAUAUCAGGUUUUAUGCUGUUAGAAUAAAUAUGGUAUCAUUGAUAUUCUCACAUUAGAAGCAUAAAUAGCAGAUGAUAAACCGAGAUGACCUACCAAACUUUCUGAAUUAUGUAAUAAUUAAUAAUUUGUUAACAAUACAGCUGAUUAAUAAGACAGUAUUAUACAAUGCUCUAUAAUUAUGAAUUUUCUUGAGGCAGACACAAAAACUGAAUAUAUAUUUAUAGUUAUAGUAAUGAUAAUAAUAAUACAGUAGAGUCUCACUUAUCCAACAUAAGCGGGCCGGCAGAAUGUUGGAUAAGCGAAUAUGUUGGAUAAUAAGGAGGGAUUAAGGAAAAGCCUAUUAAACAUCAAAUUAGGUUAUGAUUUUACAAAUUAAGCUCCAAAACAUCAUGUUUAACAACAAAUUUGACAGAAAAAGCAGUUCAGUACGCAGUAAUGCUACAUAGUAAUUACUGUAUUUAUAAUUUAGUACCAAAACAUCACUAUGUAUUGAAAACAUUGACUACAAAAAAGGCAGACUGCAUUGGAUAAUCCAGAACAUUGGAUAAGCGAAUGUUGGAUAAAUGAGACUCUAUUGUAAUAAUAAUCUUUAUUUGUAUCCCGCUUUUCUCUCUAAACGGGACCCAAAGCAGAUCACAACAUUAUGUAAAAGACAAUACAAAACAAUGUACAUAUGUAAAACAAUAACCUACAAAAUAAAUGUACAUUCAGAAAUAAACAUAUUUAAAAACAUUUUAUAUAGACCACAGUAAAAAGCGUUGAUAGAUGUGAUUUGAACCAGAUAUAACGAUUGCAAUUGUUUUGUAGUUUACAAGGAAACAAUCCUUUUCCUUGCACUUCUUAGGUGCUUGGGAGUUAAUCCUUCAGGAUGGGCUCAUUUGCAAACAAGGUGCAUCUGCACUAUAGCACUGAUACAGUUUAACUCUACUUUAGCUGCCAAGACUUAAUGCCAUGGAAUCCUGGGAUUUGUAGUUUGAUACUGUUGAGAAUCCAUUAUGGACAGUGCAUGUGACUAGCGGUGUUUUGGAUUUCAGAUUUUUUAAAGAUUGUGGAAUAUCUGUAUUAAUGUGUAUAAUGAGAUAUCUUGGACUAGAUAUGAGUCUGCAUUGUAUAGUAGUGUAGAUGAGGCUCUAGACCUAUAUAAUGCAGCUGAACUGUGUUGAACUGCAUUAUGCGGGUCUACACUGACCAUAUAAUGUACAGUAGAGUCUCACUUAUCCAAGCCUCGCUUAUCGAAUGUUCUGGAUUAUUUUGUAGUCAAUGUUUUCAAUACAUCAUGAUAUUUUGGUGCUAAAUUUGUAAAUACAGUAAUUACUACAGCAAGUAUGUUGGAUAAUAAGGAGGCAUUAAGGAAAAGCCUAUUAAACAUCAAAUUAAGUUAUGAUUUUACAAAUUAAGCACCAAAACAUCAUGUUAUACAACAAAUUUGACAGAAAAAGUAGUUCAUUACGCAGUAAUGCUAUGUACUAACUACUGUAUUUACGAAUUUAGCACCAAAAUAUCAUAAUAUACUAAAAACAAAUGCAUUGGAUAAUCCAGAACGUUGGAUAAGUGAGACUCUACUGUACUUAGCAUUACCGCAUAUUGAACUACUUUUUCUGUCAAAUUUGUUGUAUAACAUGAUGUUUUGGUGCUUAAUUUGUAAAAUCAUAACCUAAUUUGAUGUUUAAUAGGCUUUUCCUUAAUUCCUCCUUAUUAUUCAAGAUAUUCACUUAUCCAAGCUUCUGCUGGCCCGUUUAGUUUGGAUAAGUGAGACUCUACUGUAGUUACAAAUUGCAUUCAAAUUGUCAGUUUGAUACAGCCUUGUGUUUCAUAUACCCUUAUACACACAUACUGGAUAUUAUUUAUAGUAGUUGGAAUAAUGCUGCACAUAAAAUAAUCUUUGUGUACAUUAAAUCACCAGAAAGCAAAGAUCUUACUAUCUUCACCAUCCAUGUGGGAAUAAAAGUGGAUCAAGUGGAAAAUAAGUCAACAAGUAGGACGAGAACUCUCUCCAUUUCUCCGAUGUUCUUGAAUGUCUGAUCCAAGAAGGUGAGAAAAGCAGAAGGAGUUCCCUGUGUGGGAAAACUCUCAACAACCUUUCAAGUACUAUUGCGCAAAGCAGAAUCAGCACACAGCAAGAGCCAUAAAAAUCCAUGGAGCUUGAAAACAGUAUCAGUCAAACUCUUUCCUCACGCCAGAAAACCCACACAGGGAAGAAACCAUAUCAAUGCACAGAAUGCGGGAAGGGUUUCAGCACAAGAGGAAAUCUUACUGUCCACCAAAGAAUUCACAGUGGAGAGAAACCAUAUCAAUGCACAGAAUGUGGGAAGAGUUUCCAUGAUGCCGGACAACUGACAUCACAUCAACGACUUCAUACAGGUGAAAAGCCUUAUAAAUGCCUGGAGUGCAAAAAGAGCUUCCGUUUAAGCGGUAACCUUCUAUCGCAUCAAAGACUCCACACAGGGGAGAAACCAUAUAAGUGCCUCGAGUGUGGAGAGAGCUUCAACAACAGUGGAACUUUAACUGGCCACCGAAGAAUCCAUACAGGGGAAAAACCAUUUAAAUGCUUAGUGUGUGGAAAAAGCUUCCGUUUAAGUACUAUCCUUUCUACACAUCGAAGGAUCCACACAGGGGAGAAACCAUAUGAAUGUAUGGAAUGUGGGAAGAGCUUCGGCCAGAGUCAAGAGCUUACUUUCCAUCGAAGGCUCCACACAGGAGAGAAGCCAUACAAAUGCCUGGAGUGUGGAAGGAACUUCCGGGAAUCAGGGAAACUAACUCUGCACCAAAGAACCCACACAGGGGAGAGACCAUAUCCGUGCCCGGAGUGUGGAAAGAGCUUCCGACAAAAGCCACACCUUAAUGCACACCUAAGGAUCCACUCUGGGGAGAAGCCAUAUAAAUGCAACCAAUGUGGAGAGGGCUUCAGCCAUAGCGGAGGUCUCAGUAUUCAUCAAAAACACCACACAGGGGAAAAACCGUAUAAAUGCAUGGAGUGUGGAAAGAACUUCCUCUUAAGUACUAGCCUUACCUUGCACCUAAGAACCCACACUGGUGAGAAACCCUAUAAAUGCACCACCUGUGGGAAAUGCUUCAGUCAACAUGCACACCUUUCCAGCCACCGGAGAAGCCACACGGGAGAGAAACAAUAUCAAUGCAUGGCGUGCGGAAAGCGUUUCAGCUAUAGUGCAAGUCUUACUAGUCAUCAAAAAACGCAUAUGCGGGAAAAACAUCCAAAUGCAUAGAGUGAGCUAAGACCUUCAGUGAAAAGGGGAAAGUUAGUAUGCUUCAAAAAAUCUAAAGUAGAACUUGUUCCGAGUUUUCAUCAGAAUUUUCCUAAUUGGGUGUUUAUUAAAGUUUGAGACUUCUGCCACAUUUCCAUAAAUUAUAUACCCUGUUUCCCCUAAACUAAGACAUCCCCAGAAAAUAAGACCUAGUAGAGGUUUUGCUGAAUUGCUAAAUAUAAGGCCUCCCCCGAAAGUAAGACCUAGCAAAGUUUUUGUUCGGAAGCAUGCCCACUGAACAGAACACCAGAGUAUGCAGGAUCGGUAAAUGUACGUACCAUAAAGUGUUGUACAUUGAAAUAUUGGUACAGUAGAGUCUCACUUAUCCAAGCUAAACGGGCCGGCAGAAGCUUGGAUAAGUGAAUAUCUUGGAUAAUAAGGAGGGAUUAAGGAAAAGCCUAUUAAACAUCAAAUUAGGUUAUGAUUUUACAAAUUAAGCACCAAAACAUCAUGUUAUACAACUAAUUUGACAGAAAAAGUAGUUCAAGUCGCAGUAAUGCUAUGUAGUAAUUACUGUAUUAACAAAUUUAGCACCAAAAUAUCACGAUAUAUUGAAAACAUUGACUACACAAAUGGCUUGGAUAAUCCAUAAGCUUGGAUAAGCGAGACUUGGAUAAGUGAGACUCUACUGUAGUAACAAGAAAUUCUUGACAGGAUUCACAGUUUGUCUGGUUAUGCUGGUUUAUGAUAACAACUACUGUACAGUAUAUAAUAAAUGUUCAAUUUUUUUGUUCAACAAUAAAUGUGAAUUCUUCAUGGAAAAAUAAGACAUCCCCUGAAAAUAAGACCUAGAGCAUCUUUGGGAGCAAAAAUUAAUAUAAGACACUGUCUUAUUUUCAGGGGAACACGGGUAUGCAUGCAAUGCAAGCCAAAUUUUAAAUCAGCUCCUUUAAGAAGUAUGAGGCUUUGAUUAUCGAGAUGCAUCCAUUUUAACCAAUUCAGUUAAAGUCUGUUGAAUAGAUGGAAAAUCAGUGGUUGCAAAGAGCCAACUAUAAUUAUUUUAUAUUGUGGCUGGUGCUCUUUAAUAUUGACUCAGUUUGGGUCCCCAGAUGUUACUGAACGACAACUCCCAUCACUUCUGGUUAUCUACCUUGUGGAUUUGGAAUAAUUUGAAUUGUCACCCAGUAGCGCUUGUGACUCUGAAGUUGGGGAAAGGUUAAAUGGCAGUUUAACAUCAGACAUCAUAUGCUUUGUAUCUAAAUUAAAACACAACUAUUCUGAUUAAACAGAACAAACUGAAGAUUUGAGCUUUAGAGAUGAAACUAUAUAUUCAUUUAACUAGACCAAAGAUCCUUAAAGCCGCCAAUGCCAAUCCCCAGGAAUUGCCAUAGAAUUAUGUCGGGAAAUUAAGCAAAUUUCUAGAGGUGAUACCGCUAGAUCCCCCCAACAUAGCUUUCUAGUAUGCAAAGGACUGGAAGUAAGGGAAUUUGAUGGUGUUUCGUCAUGUAUGCAAUUUCACGGUCAGAAAUCAACCCCUGUGGAUAUGGGAUUUUUACUGUAUAGUUCUUUUUUUAAUUUGUUUUCUGAAUGUUGAUUAUUACAGUGUAAAUUAGUUUAUCUGUAUUAAAACAUCAGUGAAUAUGAAAUAUUUUUAAAAAUGAAAUUCUCUGCAAUUUAGCUUGUGAUGUUUUCAAUUCAGUUUUAAGAAUCUUUGUUUUGCCAUUUUAUGCAUGCUUGCCUCUAGAAAACAGGUUGACCCAAAAAUAAAUGACAUAGUAAGAAUUUCUAGAAAGAAUGCUGUCAAUUAUUCCUAUUUUUAGAUAUUCUAUUUUUGUGAUGUUCAAUUUGUAUUUUACAUGUUAGAUAUUUCAUAUAUUGCUUUAGAAUACAAUAUCUAGACUAUGAAUCUAAUACCAUUGUAGGAGCUGAAUCAGGGAAAUUUGACUUGAACUCCAAAUAACCUGUUGAUCUCUGUACUUUGAACAAGUUGCUGAUUUUUGUACUUCGAAUAAGUUGCUGAUCUCUGUAUUUUAGAUAACUUACUGAGCCUUGCAUUUGAACUCUGUAUAAUGCUUUUAAAUCAUGAGACAUUUAUUGAACAACAAUACCCCCAAAUAUGGUAGUGCCACCUUGUUAGGAAGUGUGUAUGAAAUCAUAAGUUACAACUGCGCAUGUUUGUAACAAUGGUCUAAAUCGAGCUGACACUCAGUGUAAAGGGUGGCAGUUUUACCAACUUUGCUACGUAUUGGUCUGGUGACCACAGUGAUUACUCUUUGCAAACAGUAAAAUUACUUUGAAAUCUAUCAUCUAUCUGUCUAUUUUCUCCCUCUGCUCCAAGGCAGAACAGAAGGGUAGCAUGACUUGCCUGGAUAUAGACACUAUACUCCUAUUUAUGCGGUCCAGUGCCAUAUAUUCAGAACAUUUGUUACUAUGGUAGUAGUACUGAAAAUAUGGCUCCAUCUAGGCUGCCAUAUUAUGCAGUUUGCUUGCAUUGAACUGCAUUAUAUGAGCCUGCACUGACCAUAUAAUGCAGUUUGAAAACUGCAUUAUAUGGCAGGGUAGAUGUGGCCAUGGUUAAAGAUUCUGUUGUUGAUUUACAGCCACUUAAUGGUCCUUAGAUUUUUCUCUUUUAAUUUGAUUUAUAAUACUUAAUUUAGUGUUCCUUCUUUUUAUAGUCUAGUCACAUUAGAACUGUUUCCAUUGUAAAAAUAUAUUCAUUAAAGCAUUUUAAUACCAUGCAUUCUGCAUUCACUGUUUUGUAAAUUUCUUCCUUUUUUUCUACCAUGUUUUAUACCUUUCCAAUAAAGUUUACAUUUCUUUA